AAGAAAAGCGAGUUGGGGAUUGAGCUCUCAAAAAUUCCCAUAACUCCCUACACAGCUCCUGAACUUUUGCGCCUUCUUUUGAGUUGCGAACUGGCCAAAGGGACAUUUUCAACUAAUGAUCUGGCUAUUGAUCGUAUCCGCCAGAUAAUUAACUCAUUCGGUGGUGGAAAUACAUCACUUCUAGAACCUUCCAGAGUUUCUCUUGGGGCCAACAGCCUCUUUGAGCAGCUCUCCUCGGUUGAUCUCUUCGCUCUUAAUGUUGAACAUCGAAUUCUAGCUAUUGAAGUUCUCGUUGAAUUAAUGCUUGACUUUGACAUGGUGGAUGAGUACAUUAUCAGCUGUCAUCAGAGGUCUGUUAAGACCAAUAAAGAGCGCUUGACUCUGGCCAAGCAGGAACGUACUGUCAUUCCACCGGAAUUAAUGGAGGAAAAGAUAUCAGUUCAGAAGGAACCAGAAAUGAAUGAUCUGGCAUCAGUAGUCAAGAGUCGCCGUUUGCUGGCUGCUAAAGCGGCAGAAGAGCGAGAAAAGCGUGAGACAGCCGAACGCCACCGUCGUGAACUGGAGGCGAAGAUUGAAGCCGAGGAAAAGGCACUGGCAAAGGCAGAACACGACGAAACAGUGGCUACCACAGACUAUCAACUUUCCUGUCGGGCCCGGUUGCUCGGCACAGAUCGUUUUGAUCGCCGCUAUUGGCGAUUUACCUGUGCUCCUGAUCGAAUUUUCGUGGAGUCUAAUUGGGGUCCAAAGGAUUAUCGAGUUUUAGAUAGCCACAGUAAUGAAGAUUAUCCUGUCGCCUCAUUACCCCCACCUCAUAUUGUCACCGAUGAAUCGCUCUCAUCCGCUGAACGUGCUCAUCGUUUCAGCUAUGCUGCACGCUCAAAUUGGUCUGUGUUUGACAAAGCUGAGGAGUUAGAUAACUUAUCGAAGUCGUUAGCUGAAAGGGGAGCCAGGGAAAGUCAUUUGAAAAAGAAUCUAGUUCAAUCUGGUCUUCUAGAGAACUUGAAGGAGCUCAUUGCCAUAUCGAAGGCUGAAAGAUCUAGUACUGAAAUAGUGGAGCUUGUGGAUGUAGAUCGAUCACCGAGUUCGCGCGAUGAGAUUGUCAUUGAGAAGAUCACGGCCAAGCCUCGAGGUGAUGCUCAAGCCAUCCUUGCAAACGUCUUCUUGAAGGUGAACAUGUACGAGACAGAAAUUCACUUGCGGGAUGGUGGUCUGGGUGGAGUGCCCGAGUUUCCAGGGUGGAUGGCGAAAAUCCUCUCUAUUCAAUCCCACUACGGCUUGUGCUUCUGUCUCACAGGCAGCGUCCCCUCAACUCCGCUAAAAGGAGGUCCCACAGCUAUUCACGCUCCCUCUCCUGCCACUCUGCAGUGUGCAGUGUCUUUUCAAUCUCAGAAAGUCACAACCACACCCCUGCAAUCCGCUGCAGAAGCUCUUAUAACCAUGGGCUUGAAUGUCCACAGGCGUUUCCUCAGUGUCCCUAAGGUGUUGCCUCGUGAAAAGAAGUCUGGGAGUGAAAAUAUUAAUAACUGUGAGGAAGCAGGGCCAGAGGAGAUUGGUCUGAAUCAGCAAAAUGUGGAAUAUCGCCCUGAAAGAUCAACUCGAGAAGGUGAUGUUGAGCUAUGGGUGGAGUCUUGGACGAAGGCUGUUCGAUCGGCUUCAACGUUUUCGCGUCUUAAUGUGCUUCAUGCUUGUUUAGACGCGUGCAUCCAAUGGGAGAAAUCAGUGGCCAAUGUGCGUUGUCGCAUCUGUCGGAAGAAGGGAGACGAUGAUAGUCUGCUCCUGUGUGAUGGCUGUAAUGCGGGAUUCCAUCUUUACUGUCUACGUCCGUCCCUGCACACGAUUCCAGAAGGGGACUGGUUUUGUGUGUCCUGUAAACCACCGCCAAGUCGAACAAAACCAACAACUUCGGCUAGCUCCAUUCGUCGAAGGGACCGGUAUUCAAGAGAUGAAGGUUCUGAAACCUCUUCUGACAACGAGGAAUCAGUUGGUGCAGGGGAUUGUGCAAGUGAAAGCGUGUCGUCGGAUGGUGAUGAUGAUGGAAGAAGGCGACUUCGUAGUAAGAAAUCGCAAUCAACAAGACGGAUAAUGUCUAGGUCAUCAUCAUCAUCUCAUUUCUCCCAACAGGCGAAAGCAGUUGCUGCUAAGACGCAAUCGACAUCAAAUGACGUUCUAUGUCUGGUUUGUGACGAGGAGGGCAUUGAGGAGGACGAGCUAAUAAUUUGCUCGACUUGUCCCAAUGCCUUCCACUCCAACUGCCACAACCCGCCUCUGCGCUCAGCCAGCCGUCGGGCCCCCUGGGUUUGUUCUGUCUGCCGGGUGAGCCGUGGACAGUCCACGGCUAUGGCCCAGUCGCUCCGUCUUCGUGGUAAUAGUCGAGCUAAUCGCAAGAGCAGUUACGCUCGUCUGCAUAAGGUUUCUACAACACCAAGGAAGCGACCACGACCAGUUUCAUACAACGAGGAUAGCUCUGAAGGUGAGAGCGUAUCCUCUGAUGACACUUUGGAUCAAGAAGAUGAUGGUGGAGAGGAAAAUGGAGCUUCUGGCUAUGAUGACCGAGAGGAGUCAGAAGAGACUGAAGGAAAUGACACAGAAGCGACAGAGGAGCAGGCAGAUGAUGAACCACCUCCGAGAAAGAGGGCCAGAAUUUCUGCAUCUACGAUCACAUCAGCCAAAUCUGCCUCUUAUACUUGCGCAGACUUGAUUUCCUCUGUGCUGAGACACCGAAACUCCUGGCCAUUUCAGGAACCUGUUGAUGCAGAAGAGGUCCCAGACUAUUAUGAGAUUGUGGUUGACCCUGUGGAUCUGUCAAUGAUCAACAACUGGCUUAAGAAUGGGCGUUAUGACGGUAACGCAGGUCCCAAAAGGCUAGCUGACGAUUUGGCUAAAAUGUUUUACAACGCUGAGCUUUAUAACAGCGUUGAUUCGGAUAUUUGGAAAGCUGGAUCCCAAUUGGAAAAUCAUAUUCGAGGGCUCUUUAAGAGGUUUUCACCCCCUGUGACAUACAAGCGUGAUGCAUUAAAUUGA